AUGUUCGGAUUGUUCAUUUUCUUAUGGAUAUCGAUUAGCAGUUCCGAACGUAUAUUGGUUGUUCGUGAAUACGGUGAUUUGGUAUCGCCAAUUGUGGGUCAUAUUAACAUUUCCGUCCAAUACCUUGCGUCUCACUAUGGCUUCGACAAUUUGACUUUGGAAGAAGUAUUUGUUAGUAAUAAUUCGACAGCUGUUGAUCCAGUAUGCAAUCUAUUGGCCCGAGGACACGGUAUCAUCAGCCUGGUCAGGGAUGAAGCAUCACUAGAAGCCGUCCGGAAUGCAGCCAUUCUAUCCCAAGUCCCAACCCUCCAAAUUUAUUCCCAGCCUUGGAAGCCGAAUUCCACGCUGGAUUUCACCCCACUAGAUGGCGGACCAAACUAUGUCACAAUAAUUUCACCAAUAUCUAUAUAUCAAAAUCUUUACGAGUCUGUCUUCUCCGAUUUGAAUUUUACGGGUACCGUGAAUGUGGUUUAUGAUAGUAGCUAUGUACAAUACCUCUCCAAUUGGAAAAGUCAAAUUCAACAAGUUCACGAUGCGGCUGGAGUCAAAUCGAAUUUCGUAGUGUUAGCGAGCAACGAAUCCAUGGCAAAUCAGGUUAAUCAGCUUGUUCAACAAUCAAGCAAUAUUUUGCUAUUAGCAACAAAGCAGAACGCUGAACCAUUUGUGCUAGCUGCCGGUGCUCUGAUGGAGCAAGGCAAAGUUCAAAUCGUGGUUUGGACAAAGGAUAUCAGCCCGUUCAAAUGUGAUGAUUGCCAUAGCGUUGAAAUUCUCUGGAUUCGCCCCUAUUAUACUGGACAUGAAUUGUACAUACGAGAUAUGAUGGAGUAUUUAACCGAUAACGAACUGCUGUCGGAUUUUAAUUAUCAAUUAAGUGGCGAUAAUGAGCUGGAGGUUUCAUUCUAUCUAUCAGCAGUUAUGGAGCUUGUCCAGAUCUUGAGAACGUUGAAUUCGACCACCGCCGGGAUGCCAGCUGGGUUCCCGUGCCUUGAAGCACCAAAUGCACAAGUUAAUAAUGACACAUCCCCAUGGCCACUAUUACUUGACGGAGAGCAACGUGAAUAUGGAGCAUUUGUAAAAUCGGAAAGCGGAUUGCUAUAUCAAGAUGUCCCGGGGCGCAUUUUCAAAAUCGACCGAAUCCGUGGCCAAGAAGAUGCACGAUAUACAAAACUCGUCGGCAACUGGAGCCUGAGUUCGGGCGUGGGGUUCUACUACGGUUCUCUGGGCGUUGAUGUCAGGACCCUAAACCACUAUCGGAUUGCGACAUUAAUCCAACCCCCAUUCGUGGAACGAUUCCCAGAUGUGAACCUGGGUCCAGAAUACCAGGGCUAUUGCAUCGAUUUGUUGCACCUGAUUGUUGAUGCGAUUAAUAUUACCUAUACGCUUUAUGAAGUCGAGGACGGGACCUUCGGGUCGACGGAUUUGAAUGGAAAUUGGAACGGGCUGAUCGGUGCUUUGGUCUCCGGAUCCGCUGAUAUAGCCCUCGCUCCAUUGAGUGUCAUGGCAGAACGUGAAAAUGAUGUCGAUUUCACUGUCCCCUAUUAUGACCUCGUUGGUACAACAAUCCUCAUGAAAAAAGCGGAUGUCGAAUACUCACUCUUCAAAUUCAUGAAGGUGCUCGAGUGGCCGGUGUGGCUGUGCAUUGUCGCGGCGUAUCUCUUUACGAGCCUGCUGCUUUGGGUGUUCGAUCGUUUCUCCCCGUACUCAUACACCAACAACAAGGAACGAUAUAAGGAUGACCAUGAGAAGAGGGUGUUUAGUUUGAAGGAAUGUUUGUGGUUCUGUAUGACAUCGCUUACGCCACAAGGGGGCGGUGAGGCUCCAAAAAACGUUUCCGGCCGGCUGGUUGCAGCUACCUGGUGGCUAUUUGGCUUUAUCAUAAUCGCCUCCUACACAGCUAAUUUAGCAGCUUUCUUGACUGUGUCCCGUCUGGAAACUUCCAUUAGUUCCCUUGACGACCUGGCCAAGCAGUACAAAAUCGAAUACGCGCCGAUUAAGGGCAGCGCCAGUGAAACGUAUUUCCGGCGAAUGGCUGAGGUCGAGGAGAUAUUUUACAAUAUUUGGAAGGAAAUGUCGUUAAACGAGAGUAUGUCACCGGAGGAUCGUGCUAAACUUGCUGUUUGGGAUUAUCCAGUAUCGGACAAGUUUACAAAUAUGUGGAGAUAUAUGCUGGAAUCUAAACUUCCUGACAACAUGAGUGUGGCAAUUGAUCGGGUCCUCAAUUCUUUGGACGGUUUUGCGUUCAUUGGUGAUGCUACAGAAAUCAAAUAUGCAACUCUGACGAAUUGCAAAUUGCAGCAGGUUGGCACGGAAUUUUCCCGGAAACCAUAUGCCAUCGCGGUGCAGAGCGGCCAUCCCCUGAAGGACCCAAUUUCCGCCGCGAUUUUGAUGCUGCUGAAUCAGCGUAGAUUGGAGACGUUGAAGGAGAGAUGGUGGACUGAUAAUCCGAAUAAGGUCAUCUGCCCUGACGUUACAAACGAAUCUGAUGGCAUAUCGAUCCAAAAUAUAGGAGGCGUUUUUAUCGUAAUUUUGGCUGGAAUCGUCCUCUCUCUAUUUACGCUUAUUAUUGAAUAUUUCUAUUACAGAAAAUAUCGAAGGAAGGGUCUAGCUAAAGAAGAUACGGCAAGGACUGUGGAAGUGGUCCCCAUGGAAACAAUCGAACGGAAUGGCACCCAAAAACACUCCUUCGGAACUACAAAUGGAACAACGCUAAAACACCGUCGCGAAAGCCACUCCGAGCCUUCAAACACGAUCUCCCACACAAAUCAAGCAUUCCAAUUC